AUGGUGGUGGUCAUACGACACCCAAGGAUAUAUCUUGCUUGUGAGAGAAGUGGUCAAUACAGAGCUCAUAAGAAAUUAAAAGGAGAUGAUUCAAACAAAAAAAUUGUGAAGAUAACGGGUAUAAAGAAAUGUGGGUGUCCCUUUGAGUUGAGGGCUCGUAAGUUGAUAGCUGAUGAUGAUUGGAUGGUAGAUGUAGCAUGUGGAAUGCAUAACCAUGCUCCUGCUAAACAUUUUGAAGGACAUUCAUUUGCAGGGAGAUUAUCUGAGGAGGAAACAUCAUUAUUAGUGGAUAUGUCCAAAAACAUGGUCAGACCAAAAGAGAUUUUGGUUACAUUGAAACGAAAGGAUGCUUUAAAUGUAACUACUAUGAAAACCAUUUACAAUGUACGUCAUAGGAAUAAUGUUAUUGAGAAAUGUGCGAGAUCACAAAUGCAACAUUUGUUAGGUGAAUUAGAAAAGCAUAAUUACAUUGAGCGGCAUAGGAGUGACAACAACAUGAUGACUGUCACAGACUUGUUUUGGGCACAUCCUGUCAAUUUAGAUUUGCUCCAUUCAUUUCCAAAAGUGUUGAUCAUGGACUGCACAUAUAAGACAAAUCGAUAUCGUCUUCUUCUUCUUGAGAUAGUUGGUGUGACAUCCACUGAUAUGUCAUUCUCCGUAGCCUUUGCAUAUCUCCAAUUUGAGUGGAUUGAUAACUACGUUUGGGUGUUAACUACAUUGCGUAGUCUCUUGGAUGACAUUGCUAUUCUUGAGGUGAUUGUCACGGACAGGGAGCUUGCUUUGAUGAAUGCUAUUGACAGGGUAUAUCGGACUCGUACAAAUACGAUUUAUUCAUAUGUUGACACCCUCCCAGUUGGAUUGAAGUUGUACAUACGUCUUAUCAAGGAUAUAGAUACCGAUGGCAAUUGUGGGUUUAGGGCCAUUGCUGGGUUGAUGGGGUUUACAGAGGCUAAAUAA